CGACCCUCCAGGCUGAGUGAAAGAUGUGAAAGUUCAUCUUUUUGCUCUCCUUCCCAACACAUUCCUUUUUCUUACUUUGUAGAAAGUUUCUAGUUUAACCUUUAACCUCAACAUCAACUUUUGGUUAUCUAAACUCCAUCGAAUCGCUUCAAUGCAACCCAUUACUUUCAUUUUUGCCUGCGUUGCCUUGUUCAUCGCUUGCUUGAGCCCUGUCCAAGCUAUCGAAGGCCGUGGCCUUGCCCGUGUUAUGGGUUCCGAGUACACCAACAGCACCAUUUCCCUUGAGAAGCGUAGCAAUCGCGGUACUUGGUAUUCUGGCAACGAUUUGAAGAACGCUGCUUGCUAUGAUCGCAACGGUCUUCCUCCUUACAGUGCCUCUGUCCACUCCAUGAUCGGUGCCAUGGCCAUGAAGAAGUUUGAGAACUGCUACAAGUGCAUGAAGAUCACCAACAAGGCUAACAAGAAGAGCGUCGUUGUCAAGAUCGUCGAUAAAUGUGCUGGUUGUAUUGUUGGUAAGGCUAUCGAUCUCACUCCUGGUGCUUUCCAAAAGAUCGGUAACUUGGAUACUGGUGUCCUUGACAUUACCUGGAAGACUGUCAACUGCGCCAAGUCCAAGUACUAUCCCAGCAAGCCCCAAAACUAAUUGAGAGAAUACUACUCAAAAUCACCUUUCUGUUUGACUUUGAUGUAUACGCAUAUUUUCGUUAUUCGAAGCGUUGUAUUCUCCAAAAUAUUCACUUGACUUUGGUGCUUCUAAUAUGGAAUAUUUUCAGUCAAAUGCAUUGUGUAGAAAUUCCUUUCCCUUUUUCAAAUAGAAUGAAAUACAACGUAUUUGGCUGCAAAUCUUACGCAGCCUUCGACUCCUAAGUUCUCCGCUCAGCAGCAAGCCUUUGGGUGGCGUUG